UCAUGAUUUGGCUUGCCCGGCUGUCCUCCGAGGUAUAAGAGCAUUCUCAGCAUUAACAGGCGACUGAUCAAUCGAAUAAAGAACCGAAGAUGGGACGCAAGGAGAAGCAGAUUCUUCACGGUCUUUGGUUGCGUCGGGGUCAUCAGCGGCUACGCAGUGGACGACGUGGCUUACGGAGCUUGCCUAGACCAGUUGACGCUAUCUGCGGACUGAAUACCGGUUACAGGUCCUCGAAUGAAACCAAUUUUACGCCAACCCAGGUUGUCUCAUGUAUGCAGUGGAGGCCUCAGAAGCACGGCCUGUGAACACUCAAAGGGCCCCUUACACAUUGCUAUCAUCAGACCGAUGUCAUAACAUCACACAGCGAAUAGCCAGGUUAAACAGCGGUAGCCCUGGCCUUUGCAAGGGGCAAAGGAAUGGACAGGAAGAUCUCGUCAAGUGCGAGCACCCAAUAAGACAUCCGUACGCCCUCUCGCUCCUCAAUAGGGCAAUUUCUCAAUGUGACGGAUGCUGCUACUGCACCUCGUUAAUUGGCUACCGUGGCCUUGAUUCAAACCAGGCCAUGCAGUCUCGGUCCUUUUGGGGCGUAUUUCUGCGUUACGAUCUGUCACCACCAGCUCUUCUGGGAACCCCAUUAGGCAGCCUGGAAAUUGAUAGCAAUCUGUUUUUCAGAUGAAAUCCAGUGCGCCAAUUUCUUGUCACAUGGACGGCCACCUCCUUAAGCGCUGUAUUUCGUGAUUUUCUCUGAGCUGGCGUUCGGAUUUCAUGACACUGUUGUCGGAAACCCCGAAAUUACAGAUUGCUCUAAUU